AGGAAACCAUUCGAACUGCUCUAGCUAUGGGCGCGGACAAGGGGAUCCACGUAGAAAUUCCGAAUGCCGAUAUGUCAGUGUUUCAGCCAAUCCACGUAGCCAAAAUUCUGGCAGCUGUUGCCAAGAAGGAGAAGAUAGACUUAAUCAUUGUUGGAAAACAAGCGAUAGAUGAUGAUGCCAACCAAACUGCGCAGAUGACCGCAGCUUUGCUCGAUUGGCCUCAAGCUACGUUUGCAUCUAAGAUAGAAAAGGCAGGCGAUGAUCUUGCAGUUACCAGGGAAAUCGACGGGGGUUUGGAGGAUGUCAAAGUGAAGAUCCCGGCAGUUAUUUCAGCAGAUUUGCGAUUAAAUGAGCCUCGGUAUGCGACGUUACCUAACAUAAUGAAAGCCAAGAAGAAGCCUGUUCAGAAGCUGAGUCCAAAGGACCUCGGAGUCGACAUUUCAUCCCGAAUCAAAGUGAUAUCCGUCGAGGAUCCACCGACUCGUCAAGCCGGCAUCAAGGUUGAUGAUGUCGAUAGCCUUGUCGCCAAANUUUUUUUCGAAAGUGGAGUGGAUGCGUACAAAAUGGCAGACUCGAUUAAUAUGCGGACUGUGCGGCGAAUAGAUGCUUCUGUGAACUCCAUCGUCUGCUCCGCAAAGCAGGUGCAAUUAUAUGAGCACGAAAACGGCAGCUGGGUGAAAGCUGAUUAUGCCGGCGGCUUCCAUAUUUGCUCAAGAGCUGCUUCGCCGUAUUUCACAAUGGUUAUUGUUACAAAAACAAGCACGAAGCUGUGGGUUGAACCGUUGUUACCAGAUCUGGAGUUCGAGCAUCAACCUCCGUUUCUUCUCUAUCGUACAAAGCACGGUCAGAUUUAUGGGCUGUGGUUUUACGACCGUGCGGAGUGUAGUCGGAUUAUGGAAGUGCUCCAGUCGAUCCGCGUCGAGCAUCGACAGAUGUUGCAUGAUCGACAAGAAGAGCAGCGCGCUUUGGUAGCUAAUUCUCGUCGCAGACAAAAGUCCAUGCUUCAGUUGCUUGUCGAAGGGCACAAUGAAGCCAUUCGGGCGCAGGAUUUUGACGAUUCCGCCGGAGACGCAGACGACGAAGAUUUCGACCCAUACGAAUGUGACGAAGAAAGGCUGGAAGAACCUAAACUUUUCAAACCCAAACCGUUGAGACCACAAGCCGGAGACCCGGCCAUAGUCGGUGGAGAACUGGUGGAAGUAGGGUUUAGAACGACGAGGGAAGAAACGUAUUCAGAAACCGUCGGAAUGUCUCAACCAGAGAAUAUUCUCAAGAAAUUGUUCUCGAAUGCUACAUUUGAGAGCGAUGCUCCGUUACGGGUGGCGGCGACCGAAGCCCCGGUUUGUGACUUCACUGCCAUUGGUAAUACUGCUACUACGUCGGAAGAAGAUAGCGUUGGAGCGGGUAGUGUGAAAUCCACGCGCGGAGGGUUCGAGGCUGAAUUUUUAUCCAAAUUCGAAAAUGAGGCCGACGAAAGCGUGAACCAUUCGGAUACCCCACCGUUGCUG